AAAUUUCUAACCAAACUUUAUUUUAAAAUCCUCCAGCUGGAAGCAAAUUUUUAUUUAGAAACUUUGUAAUUUUUAAUAGAACAUUUAACAUAUAUUUACUGUACACAUAACAAAUUAUACAAUGAAUAUUUUAGAGCUAUAUAGUGGUAUUGGGGGCAUGCAUAUGGCCUUUACUGAAAGCGGUUUAAUAGGUGAAGUUAAAGCAGCAAUUGAAAUAAAUAAUGUGGCAAAUAGUAUAUAUAAAUACAAUUUUCCUGACACAACAUUACUUAAUUUAAACAUAGAAGGCCUAAGUGAAAAUAUAGUAAACAAGUUCAAUGUGAACACCGUACUGAUGUCUCCUCCUUGCCAACCCUUUACGAGGAACGGGAACAGGAACGAUGUUAAGGAUUCUAGAACAGACUCUUUUAGACAUUUUCUAAGUCUUUUACCCAAAUUAAGUAAAAUAGAAAAUAUACUAAUUGAAAAUGUGAAAGGGUUUGAAGUAUCCGAAAUGAGAAGUAUUUUGGUAAACGUCUUGGAAGAGUGUGAUUUUAUUUAUCAGGAAUUUAUUUUAUCUCCUUCACAAUUCGGUAUACCAAACUGUCGUCAUCGGUAUUACUGCCUAGCUAAAAGAAAACCAAACAAUUUUAAGUUUAAUAGAACAUCAUCAUUGAUGGAGGCUUUACCACUACCAUCAAGUUUGUCCAAAGAACCAACUAAUAUUGAAAUCAAAGACAUAUUAGAGGAUGAAUUAGAUUUUGAAACUUACAAACUAUCAGACAGUAUUUUACUGAAAAGAAUUAAUAUAUUGGACAUUUGCUAUUUGGACUCAAAAAUGACUUGUUGUUUUACAAAAGCCUAUGGAAGAUACAUAGAGGGCACUGGAAGUGUGUUUACAAGCAUCAAUAGAAUCGAUGUUAAAAAUAAAUUAGCCCAAUUAAAGGAAUUACAUAAUGAAGACGAAUAUUUGGACCUUGCUCGUUCACUAAAAUUAAGAUUUUUCACUCCAAAAGAAAUAUCGAGGUUGAUGCAGUUUCCUGAAAAAUUCUCUUUCCCUUCUGAUAUUAGUAAUAAACAAAAAUACAUGGUUCUAGGUAAUAGUAUAAAUGUCAAAGUUGUAUCGUAUUUAAUAAAACUAUUAGAAACCUAUAUGUUUAAUUUAUUCAGCCAGAAUCUUUAG